AUGUCACCAAGUGCAGAUCAAGGAUAUCCAGUUGGGCCCGUGGGCUCUUCAACUACCGUCGUGGUGGUGGGCGCCGGCCCCUCAGGCCUGAUGCUUGCAUGUAAUCUUGUGCGCUUCGGCAUCCAACUCGUGAUUCUUGACGAUCGCCCCGACAAAACCUCCACAGGAAAAGCCGACGGCAUGCAACCCAAGACCAUCGAGACAUUCAAGCAACUUCGCCUGGCGGAUCCUUUGUUGAAACAUGGUGCUCGUGUUUAUGAUAUCUCCUUCUGGGAGUCAACCGCCGACGAAGGUCUUCGACGGACCGGACGCAAAACGCAUUAUCCCGAACAUCUUGUUGGUGCAUCCGACCCAUAUAUUCUUUUGGCACAUCAAGGCAUAGUUGAAGAAGUCAUGAUACAUGACAUGGAAUCAAGGGGUGUGUUUGUCACUCGCAAUAGUCGAUUCACCUCAUGUUCGGUGAAUGGAGAUAAGAAUCUGGAUAUUGUCUAUGACAAUACUUUGACAAACGCUUCUCAUACAAUCAGAGCGGACUACUUGGUUGGAUGCGAUGGAGUCAGGUCGAAGGUCAGGGAGUUUCUUCCAGAUGCCGAUCUUGAGGGCGAAAUCACCAACGCCGCUUGGGGUGUACUUGACGGCGUUGUUGAUACCGACUUUCCGGACUUGUGGAGCAAAGUAGCCCUGCGAUCUCAUUCUGUUGGAUCAAUUUUGUGGAUCCCACGCGAAAAAGGAAUGACGCGACUUUAUGUCGAGCUGAGCUCGACCGAUGGAGAGCGAAUUGACAAGACCAAAACCACACCCGAACAUGUUAUGCAACAAGCAAGGGAAGCAAUGCAUCCAUUUAAACUGGAGUGGAAAAAGGUAGAAUGGUUCGGAACAUAUGUUGUGGGCCAACGAGUUGCGAAGCACUUUAUGGAUCGCAACGCAAGAAUAUUCAUCGCGGGUGAUGCUGCACAUUGCCACUCUGCCCUCGCUGCACAAGGUGCCAAUACUGGUAUGCACGAUAGCUUCAACCUUGCAUGGAAGCUCAAUCUUGUCAUUCGAGGACUGGGAAAACCAUCUCUAUUACAUACUUAUGAAGAGGAAAGACGCAAGAUAGCCUAUGAUCUAAUCCAGUUUGAUGUUGAGCAUUGCAAAGCGUUUUCAGAAGGCGAAACGGCUUUAGUGAAGAACUUUGACGACAAUAUUCGGUUCAUCUCCGGAAUUGGAGCUGAAUACUCUCCCGGUGUACUCACUCGUUCAUGUUCGAGUGUAUCUGGUCUUCUGCCCGGUAUGCUCCAGUUGCCAGCAAGGGUUACCCGCUACAUAGAUGCCAACCCUGUGGACAUUCAGUUGGAUAUCCCUUUAUUGGGUCAAUUCAAGAUAUACAUUUUCGUACCGGAUGUUUGCUCUUCCAAAAAUGCUUUGGGACAUCUUUGUCAAUUGCUUAAGACUUCACUUACAAGAAUCACCCUUCUGGCCAACUGGUCAUAUGAGGAGCAUGCGCGCAGGCACUCCCUUUCGGAUGACUUCCAUCAAUUUCAACGAUACACUGCUGUGUCCGAAGCUUUUACUUUCGCGCUGAUCACACAAUCCUCCCGGUCUGAAUUCGAAAUUUCACAAUUGCCAGAUAUGCUUCAAAAGAGUCGGUGGAGUUUGUAUAUUGAUAAUUGUCAAAUACCUAGCUGUACUACAAAGUGGUUUGGUGAGUUGGGUACGGAGAGGAUUGGCGUUGCUAUCGUAAGACCAGACGGAUAUAUCGGUGGGAUUAAUAAGUGGGAGUUUGCCCAGGCAGACAUCGAGUGGAAAUGCUUUGAAGAUUACUUUUCUUUCAUGGUCUGCUAG